AUGGCUAAUUCCAACGAACAACUAAUACAAUCCCUCUGCGACCUUGAAAUUCCAAAAACCAUCCAUCUUUCCCCCGAUCGAAAAAAAGUCCUUUACUCAAGCGAACUCACAUGGUGUCAUAAAAAGGGCAAAUCCGCAGUAUCAACCCUUUGGCUCGCCACAGCCCACUGCGCAAAUUCUUCCACCAAACUUACCCAGGGUCUUUUCCGCGAUCAAGCCCCCGCAUGGAGCCCGGAUGGAAAGACGAUCGCCUUCGUCUCAGACCGCGCUGAGGCGGGUACUAAAUGGGCUCUGUACGUUCAGACACUAGAAAAUGGUGAUGCAUAUCCAAUCACACCAAUUGAAAAUGCAAGUUUCAUCAAAACGCUUGUGUUCUCGCCUGAUGGAACGAAAAUCGCGUUCCUUUCCGCUGAUGAGGAUUAUGGUGGGGGAUUGCGGGCCUGGGGCGAAGCCUGGCAGUUUACCCGAUUGAGAAUUGUCAAUUUAUCUACGAAGCAGGUGCGAAGUCUCAAGCUUCAGAGAGACGUUAGAGACUUUUGCUGGAGCCUGGAUGGAGCUCGUAUUGGCUUUUCGAGUUGUCUGACGCCUGAUAAUGAGGAAUGUCAUCUUACUGGGACGAGGAUAUCUGUCGUUGAUGCUGAUCUUGUCUCGGUGGAAGAUCUAUGUCAUUUCCCUGGAAUGAUUGUUGAUCUCGAAUGGGCUGCUGGAGACAAUCUUUACUUUUGUGCUGGUGUCCCUGCGGGUAAGAUGUUUGGUGGAUUUGGCGUUUAUCGUGCUGGGUUUGGUGGAGAUUCCAGUUCUUAUGAAUAUGUAUCGCAUGGGAUCGAGGAUGAUUCUAUGGGUAUCACGUGUGAUAGAGAUGGGACUCUUUAUAUCAAGGUACAACAUCGACUUGAGUCUCGUGUGUGUCUCCUUGAUGGAACGGUAGUAUAUAGUAAAAAGGAGGAACUUGAAGCUUUCGACGCAGGAACCGAUAUUGAUGGAAGCUUUGUCCUCGCCGUGGCAACCUCAAACAUCACUCAACCUGUCGAGGUCUUCAUUACAACUUCUUCAGAUGGACCCAUGACUCAACUCUCAAAUCAUGGAAAGUCUCUCGCCGAUCGUCAGUUUGGCACUUGCACAUUCUUAACUCAGAUAUCAUCAGAUGGAGAUGUCGAGUUGGAUGCCUUAUAUCUCACCCCAGUAUCAUCUGCAUCCACAAAUACAAACAAGCGGCCCCUGCCAACCGCAGUGCUAAUUCACGGCGGACCAAACACCCGUCUCACAAAUGCUUUCAACACAUAUUACUACAUGCUCGCACCAUAUCUCCUCUCUCUCGGCUUCGGUAUCCUACUACCAAACUACCGCGGAAGUAGCGGGCGCGGACAACAGUUCACUUCUUAUUCCACCGGCGGACUCGGUAUACACGACUACGCAGACAUCAUCACACUUACCCAGUAUGCAAUAGAUCAAGGAUACGCAGAUAAAGACCGGCUCCUAGUGGGCGGUUGGAGCCAAGGCGGCUUCCUAACUAAUCUCUGCAGUGUGCGUAAUGGCUCACAUAACGGAGGAUGGAGGUUCAAGGCAGCGAUAUCAGGAGCCAGUAUCUGCGAUAUCGAUUCCAUGGCGUUGACUUCUGAUUUUGGAAGCUCGUUUGAGCCUGAGUUAUCUUGUGGUGGUGUGGUGUGGAAUAUGGAUUUGAAUGAUACUCGCAAUCGAUCUGCUAGUGCUCUUUGGGGAUUCAAGGAUGCUAUGGCUAGGGCUAAGGUUGAAGGGAUGCCUGUGAUUCCUCCCAUGCUCAUUUUGCAUGGGGAUGCAGAUGCGCGAUGUCAUGUCUCGCAGGCUUGGGGAUUGCGACGGGCGUUGCAGAGUUAUGGCUUGCCUUUUGAGUUGGUCAUUUACCCUGGUCAGGGGCAUAGCUUUGAGGACCAGAAAUAUUGGGUUGAUACGGUGUUAAGAGUUGGCCGAUGGUGCGAGAAGUAUAUCGGGAAUGGAGUUUAA